AUGCAUUUGCCUACCCUCCUUUUAGGCGUGUCUUUCGCCUCGGCAUACGCCCGCCAACAGUUUGGCCCUGGUCCCGAGCGGAUGAACUACCUUGCACACGCCGACGGGGGUCAAAACCAGGGCCAGAAUGAAGGCCAGAACUACGGUCAGAAUCAGGGUCAAAACCAAGGACAGAACAAAGGCCAGAACUACGGUCAGAAUCAAGGACAAAACUACGGUCAGAACGAAGGCCAGAACCAUGGUCAAAACCAAGGACAGAAUGAAGGUCAGAACGAAGGGCAAAACCAAGGCCAGAACGAAGGGCACACCUACAAUCAGAUCGCGAAUCAAAUCGGAAAUCACAACGGCAACAAUGAUUACAGUGGCAAUAUCGACGGGAACUACGGCGGAAACUACGACGACGGCAACUACGACGACGGCAACUAUGACGGCAAUGGAAGCCACGACGACUAUGAUGGCUACCAGCAGAACGACGUCCACAAUGCUCAAGCCUCAGCACCAGCUCUGGUCCCAAGCCCGGCUUCAUCGCCUCCCGUCCACAGCACCUUUGCGGUUCGCCCUUCCCCAGCUGUCGUGUCCAAUGCUCCAAUUGCGUCCAGUGCUCGCCCGCAAGUGCAGGCUCCGGCACCUGGUUAUUCCUACAACUAUCCCAGCCCUGUGGCCCCAAAGCCGCAGAUCCACUCCAAUGCGCCUGUAGCAUCCAGCGCGCCGGCUGCGUAUGCUCCGAUCUACCAGGCUCCUGCGCCUCAACCAUCGGCUUAUCAGGCUCCAGUGUAUCAAGCUCCGGCUCAAGCUCCUCCAGCCCAGGCGCCUCGUCCUCCUGUUGAUCAAGCCCCUGCCCAGGCUCCUCGUCCCCAGGCACCAGCAGCUCAACCACCAACCCAAAAGUCCUCUCCCCAAGCCCCUGCCCCUCAAGCACCCCCUGCUCAAAAACCUCACAUUGAGGAAUCAAACGGAUGGGAUAUGCCAAAUCAACAACAAGCCUCUGCCCCCAAGCCAAAGCCUGAGCCCAAGCCUGCUCCUGCUCCCGUACCAGCACCAGCACCGGCCCAAGAACCCAGUCAAGCCCAAACUCAACCCGACUCCCAUGGCCCCGUGGAUGACUCAUACGGCCAUAACUCCAACUCUAAUGAGGACGCGCCUCCUGUCGGCCCGGCCGACUCGGUCCCUGACUCGGUGCCUGCGGGAGCCUCCGGUGGCAUCGCACCCAUUGAUCCCCUCCAGCCCGGCAGUAAUCUUGCGCCUGCGCUCCCUAACAAGCCGCAACACGGGAAGGAUGAAGGAAAUACAUUCUGUAUGGGCAGAUGCUACACUGACCCCGAUGACGCGAAGUGCGAAAAGCCUUACUCUGAGCCUGUCUUCAAGUCGUCCAAGGGAUGCUACAUGUGCUGCUUUACUUCUGGGGACUUCUAA